AUGCAUAGGGCCUUGAUCUUCCUCCAGCUUUCAUUAUGGAUCACUAGCAUCCACGCUCUCUUGCCAUUGGCAUCCGAAGGACAUGGAGAAGCAAGCAAGAGAAGCACCACGACUGGUGCAACCUUGGCGAAACCUAAUGGCUUCGUCACCUUCAAGAUGGUCCAGAAAGCUUCAGGUUCUGGCGGAUCGAUAACCGACCUGGUCACUCGAGCAUCAAGCAGUAAGACCUACAAGCACAGAUCCCGGGCAUCGUCACGAACCAUCAACGGGGAGUCAACCGUGGCUGCUAGAGACAACGAUUAUGCGGUCGACGUAGCCCAGGACCCAACAAUGAAGAACAGUGCUGGCGUCGACCAAGACGGGACAGAUUAUUCCUAUUUCGUGGAGGCGAAGCUUGGCUCUGAUGGCAAACCGUUGUACAUGCUUCUAGACACAGGUGCUAGUACGACCUGGGUCAUGGGCUCUGGUUGUACAUCCGACGCCUGCAAGAAGCACAACUCCUAUGGGCCCAACGACUCCAAGACCUACGUCGACACCGGCAAGACUUAUUCGGUCGAAUACGGGACGGGGAAGGUCGGUGGGCAUGUCAUCGAAGACACCAUUUCCGUGGCUGGAUUGGCGGUGACGGUAUCUUUCGGGGUUGCUAAUACCACCUCGGACGAGUUCACCGAAUUUCCCUUUGACGGUAUCCUGGGGUUGUCGAUGAGUCCGAACACUUGGCUAUCUGCCGUCAAAGACGCCAAUCUGAUUGACGCCAAUGUCUUUGGAAUUAGCCUGUCCAGGCAUGCAGAUGGCACGAACGAUGGCGAGAUUGCCGUUGGCGCCCCCAACCCGGACAAAUAUGAUGGAGAUAUCUCGUACGCGUCUAUCGUCUCCGGAUCGACCUGGACUAUCCCGAUGGAUGAUAUCAUGGUUGGUGGCAAGUCUGCCGGUGUAACUGGCAGGCAUGCAUACAUCGACACUGGCACGAGCUUCGUGUUUGGCCCUCCGGAUGAUGUCAAGUCAAUGUACAAUAUGAUCCCAGGUUCAUCGUCGAGUGAUGGCUCGACGUAUACUGUUCCUUGUGACAGUGACGCUUCUGUUGCUCUCACAUUCGCUGGCAAGAGUUGGACCAUCUCCUCCAAGGAUUUAUUGUCUGCACCGGACGGCAAUGGCCACUGCGCCGGCAACGUAUACGGAAUGGAGUAUGUGGCUGGGGCCUGGUUGGUCGGGGAUGUUUUCCUGAAGAACGUCUAUAGCGUGUUCGACGUGGACCAGGGACGAAUCGGAUUCGCCGCAAAGCAGACAACCACUAGCACGACAACAGGGUCUUCAACAGCAACAUCCACGGGUACAGCUAGCUCUACGGCUUCUGGGGGUCUCAAUGGCCAGGAAACUCCUACAGGUACCGCGGCGGCAGAUACAGUUAGCGCUACUCCCACUGCGUCAGGCAAGGACUCCUCCGGCGCCAGGUUUGCAGGAGACAUGUAUGCAAUCAUCGCGUGCCUGUUCACGAUCAUCGCCAUGAUUGUUUGA